AUGUGGGUAAUUAUCAACAAUUGUACUAUUGAAGAUAGAUUUAUGUUAACCAAAAUUCAUCUAAAAUUAAAACUUGUCUUGGAAGAAAGUUUUUUUGGGCAACAUAUUGUAACAUAUAUUGUAUUAUCUACUUUGGAAGGUAAUUUUCAUCGUAGCAAAAAUAACAAAAAACCAUUAGUAAUGUGUUUUCAAGGAACGACUGGUUCUGGUAAAAAUUAUUUAUCAGAGUUGAUUGCUAAUCAUAUGUUCAAUUCGGAAAAUGAAAAAAGAAAACUAUAUCAUGUUAUUCGUGGGCGAUCUUAUUUUAUUGAAAAAUCAAAAAUUGAUUCAUUUCAGGAACAACUUUAUACCUAUGUGAAAUCUGCAAUAGAAUCAUAUGGUACUAAUUUAUUUGUUUUUGAUGAAGUGGAUACUAUGCCUAUGGAUAUAUUAGACCUACUAAUAUCUAUUUUUGAAAACAAUGAAGUAUUAAUUGAUUCAAGAUAAUUAAUUAAUUAAUUGAAUUCCAUUAUUAUAAUUUUAACUAACGUAGGCGCUGAUGCAAUUAUAAAAAAUUACUUAAAGUAUUUGAAAAAAAGAACUUCUAAAAAGUCCAUGAAAGUUCAAGAUGUUGAUACUAUUUUACUACAAUCUGCUUUCAAUUAUGAAGGUAUAACUUAA